CGUGGUCGUCGGCUUCAAGUUGCGUUUUCGCUGCUGAUUAUUCAUUUCAACGCCGUCAUCCACAGCCUUUAAAUAGUUCAAGUCCCAAAAAAUAGUUCAAAUUUAUCUAGCAUUAGGUGCCGCAAUUGAACAUCACUUAUCGACGGGGAUACAGCGAAAACAAACUCCUAUGGCUAUGUAGAUCUGGAAACAAGAGAUACAAGCAAAACAGGCCACGGAACGGCAACCAGCUUGCGGAAGCAUAGAAUAAUAGCAAAAAAUUAACGCCUGGCAAAUGGGAUAUUAACACAUCGACCUACAAAUUUACAUAAAUUUAAGAUUGACACAAUUGCUCAUACAUGAAACACCUAUCGAACGUGAGUACAGGACCUGGCCGUUUUACAGUGCAGGUGUGCAUAAUCAUCGUCAAAUUAGAAAUAAUUCAUUGCUGGUAAAUUAGGCAGCAGCUGAUAAUUAGAUUGGAGAAGUGUAUUUCAUCAAAUCAAAAAGAAUCCCAGCUACAUUUUUGGAGGCAGCAAGGAAGAAUUCUGCGAAAAUGAAUGGGAAAUUGGAGAAUACUAAUCGAAACAAAAGAAAGUGAUAAAGUGGUGAAGUCUCGAUUAAAGUGAUUGUAAUAUUCAAACGAAAGCUCGUUGAGAGGAGAUUCGAAUGAUGAAAAGAUCAUGGUGGCGACAAGUGACAGAAUAUUUGGUGCAUACAAUUACACCUCAACAAUCAAGCGGCUUCUAUUGUUGGAAUUGAUUAGUGGGCGAUAAAACAAGAAAAAAAGAUGCAGAUUUCGAGGCUUAUCUGCUAUUGUGGUUCUUAUACUAAUGACCAAGGAUAACGUGAACGGGAGGAAGAGUGCAUAAUGAUGUGGUGUUUUCUCUUUGAUUUCAUAAUAUAUGGCUGAAAAAGAGAGAACAUAUGAUUAUAUGUGUAUCAUAACUAUCCUGCGCAUUGAAGUCUACAGCCAAAAACCUACGGCUGCAAUGCGACGGGUGAACACAACCAUAAACUUAGCCAAUCUUACACAAUGUCAUAAAUCGUAAUGGAUGUGCCAAAGCGCAUUCAACCGCUGCUGACGCUGGAUCCGUGUCCGUCUUUUCCUGUGUUUCCAAAAAUACAUACGAAAACCAACAGAAUACCAAAAUGGAAAAGAAAAAAAUGCAUCGUUUGAAACAGUAUCAGUACUCUAUAAACCGUUUACUCGGUUACUAUAAAUUACCCUGAGGUGCAUCCAUGGAGUGAAUACACGAAGAUUCUGUUUUGGUUACUAAACAAUUGAGUGAUUUCAAUGAAGAGAAUCAAACGCAAAUUGAUUAUAAAUGUUAAGUGAUCCAGAGAGUCGUGUUGAUUUGAAAACGUUUCGGAGUGCCUCAAUAGUGAGUUCAAUAUUCGACACUGGUGGAUCAACAAAAUUUCAUCCAUUGGAUCCUAGUGUGACACUUGAGCUUGAAUCACCGGAUACUCCUCGAAGAAGGAGUAUUUAUGAUUCCGGUCAUCAAUCACACAUGGGAAGAGCCGUUUCUGCUAGGAGCUUAGUCGAUACUAGGAGAGGAAUCCAACACAAGAGAUCAUUUUCCAAGAAAGUAAAAACACAGCUGGUUGAAGGAGUGCCAUCCUAUUUUCGCCGAAAUCAAGGGGGGCCGCCACAAAGAGCCCCCAUUAAUUCACCAUCCAGUAGUAAUAUGGAGUUUUUAAGAGGCGUCUAUGCGUUUAUGCAAGUGAGCAGAUCAUCGGUAAAUCAUGUGAAAACAGAUUCUUCGAUAUUUCGAUUACACACGAACGCAACCGUUAUACUUUUGGUAACGUUUUCGAUAGCAGUAACAACUCGACAAUACGUCGGAAAUCCAAUAGACUGCGUUCAUACACGCGACAUCCCUGAAGACGUGCUUAACACAUACUGUUGGAUCCAUUCAACAUACACAGUAGUAGACGCCUUCAUGAAGAAACAAGGUCAAGAAGUGCCAUUUCCAGGAGUAGAUAACUCACAACGAAGCGGUGCAUUGACAAUUAGGCAUACCAAGUACUAUCAAUGGGUAGCAUUUACUUUAUUUUUUCAGGCAAUUUUAUUUUAUACGCCGAGAUGGCUGUGGAAGUCCUGGGAAGGAGGAAAAAUACACGCGUUGAUGAUGGACCUCGACAUAGGCAUCUGUUCCGAAAUAGAAAAAAAGCAGAAGAAAAAGCUGCUUCUCGAUUACUUAUGGGAUAACUUAAGGUAUCAUAAUUGGUGGGCGUAUAGGUACUAUAUAUGUGAAUUUUUAUCACUAGUGAAUGUGAUAGGCCAAAUGUUUCUAAUGAACCGGUUUUUUGACGGUGAAUUCAUGACGUUUGGAUUAGACGUGAUAACGCAUAUGGAAGCGGAUCAAGAGGAUCGCAUGGAUCCGAUGAUCUACAUAUUCCCGAGAAUGACCAAAUGUACUUUCUACAAGUAUGGUGUCAGCGGCGAAGUCGAACGACACGAUGCCAUAUGUAUUCUACCGCUGAAUGUAGUCAAUGAGAAAAUUUAUAUUUUUCUGUGGUUUUGGUUUAUUAUUCUGACGAUACUGACGACGUUAACGAUAUUGUAUAGAAUAAUUAUUAUUUUCUCGCCUCGAAUGCGAGUGUAUUUAUUAAGACUAAGGUUUAGGUUAGUUCGUCGCGACGCUAUAGAGAUUAUAGUAAGACGUUCGAAAAUGGGCGAUUGGUUUUUAUUAUAUAGAUUAGGUGAAAAUUUAGAUAGUAUUAUAUUUCGUGAUGUUAUGCAAGAUUUAGCGAAUCGUCUACAUAAUAAUCAACACCAUCGUGUACCUGGUAUGAAAGAUGUCGACAAAAUUGAGUACGGAUUCGGAGUAAAUUUAUUUUGAUUUAAAUUGAACAUACGCCCGACGGAUUUUACUAGUUACACACAUAAAUUACGGAUUAAGUUAUUUGAGAGCUUAUGAUGAUCAUUUCGAAUAUAAAAAAGAUUAGCCAAACAUGUCUAGAAUCGCAUUACUAAUCAACUGAAUUACACAUUAUAGUAGACAAAAACAUACAUUUACAAUUAACUUUUCAGUAGAGACAUUCGAUUGAUCUCACAAUUCCCAUCUACAUAUAGUCAAUCUUAGAAAUUUAGUCGAACAUAAAACAAUUUCACAAGCUAAAUGGCAAAACAUCAUGACAAAAGUAAAGUGAAUAAAUAUCCAAAAAGCUGAUAGAAUCUUCUUCGCAAUUGAAUACAGUUUCCAGACACAUUGCCAAUAAUUUAAAUGAUAACAAAAUACUCAAUUGGUUUGGAGAUAUUUGCAGUAAUGAAAUCUGUUCCAUAUGUUUAUGGUGUGGGUGAAAUGAAUAUUAUUGAAGAUACUUAACAUAUUUUGCAAACUCAAACUGAACCAUCCAGAAACGUGAUAAAGCUAAUGAAAUUACGCUAAUGUGCCGAAAUGAAUGGAGUCUUCGUCGUGUUAUUUCUUUGGGACUAAGAAAAAUAUGACUACUAACACCGUGAUGAUUCCAAGUUAGUGCGUUUAUCCCAGCAUUAUCACAGAUGUGUUUCGCACUUAAAAACAGUUCAAAGCGCACAGCGCAAAACAGAGCAAACUUCUUUCUUUGUUUUACCUUAAGUGCAAACUUUGUUUGCCAACUUAGUAGUUUUUGCGAUACUUCCAAAUUUGAUAUUGUUACUGAGAAUAAAUCUCAUUUUUGCAUUUUAAUUAUUUUUUAUGGGUUUUUAUUUUCAUUCAAAAUAUAAAUUUCACAUUAACCACACAUGUCACAUAUCGAAAGGAUGUGUGUUGCAUGAAACAUUUCUCUCAACACUGCCAAUUCAUACAGUCAGAAGCCCAUAGUUUCAAACUCAAAAGUAAAACUGACCAGAAAGAAAACUCUUAGUAACCGCGAAACCCUAUAUCAAAACAGACUUGUAAAAAUACACAUUAUUCAUAAUACAUUUUAAUAUAACGAAGAUCUCCUGCUCACCGAACCUGAAUACUGGAGAACUUUAGAAUCGAUAACAUACGUUUCUCAUCGUGGGCUAUUCCUUAUGCGACGGUUCAAUAAGAGCAUAAACUAAAUCCAACGUGCCCAUUCCAUAGUAUUUCAAAUCCGUGUAAAUAUUUUUCUAUGAAAAAAAAAACAUCAAAGUAAUCAAGCCAUUAUUUGAACAUUAAAAAAAUUGUUUUGUAGUAACAAAUUUGAAAAAUACAAAAAAGAACACUAAAGGCUCUAAAAGCAACGUAUGCUUCUUUACAAAUCUAAUCAAAAUAAUUAGCUAGUGUAUAUAAUGCAGAAUAUGUACAUAAAUUAAAAGAAAAGUAAAUUUAUAACGUCGAUAUCAAAAAACCGAACAAAAAAAUCGAGGAAAAAACGAACAGGCACAGAAAAACACAUUUCUGAUUGAAUGAAAAGAAAAUCAUGAAAUAUCAUAUAAAACGAAAAUGGCUGAGUGAUAAUUCAUGCAUAGCAUCAUUACAAAUACAUCUUAGAGAUAGUUAUCACAUGUUAGGAAAAAAUGUUGAAUCUAGUUUUGCAGCUUAUUGCAUCAAUAGUUGAGGUCUAUUUGUUUACAAAAUGUAGCGGAAUUUCAUUUCAACAAUUCGACAAUACUUCCGGCAUAUUGAAUCCCAAUUGAAAGUAGGCUCGUAUAACGUUUGAAAAUGCAAACUCAACUGUAUUUAACUGGUUUCAAUAUCAGAAACACUUUUUGCUGAAAGGUUAUUUGGCACAUUUUUGUAUAGAAGUAAGAAAUUAGAAGACAUUUUUUUCAAUGUUUUAAAUCAGCAUAUUUAAAAGGUACUACCGUUGUUGGUAGAUAUUGAAAGCAUUUAGUUUUGAUGAGGUAAUCUGCAAGACACCAUAUAUGUAUCUUACAAGCAAUAAAUAUCUAGAAUUUUGCAAAAAGGGAACGGUUGAUUUUCAGUUUGAAUUGGUACUAUCAGCUUCAUUUAAUAUUGACCUCGGUAACGGAUAUAUUUGGCUUUCAUGAAUCAUCGACCCUGUUCGAACCAUUGUCACUGCUGGCGCGUAUUUAGAUUAGCUCGUCGCUAUUUAUUUUAAUUAGCAAAUUACGACAUCUCUGGCAAUAAUACUUUUGCUAGGCAAAAUUGAUAACGAAAAUUUUGUUCUAUUUGUACACACAUUACAAUGAAAUAUUUUGAAAAUAAUGGAAAUGAUAGUAGUGGAACAUGUGAGCGAGCCAAUUGGAAUAACGCCAUUUGGCAUCAAGUCAUUUUGUUUGAAAGCCAUUUAGUGUAAGUAUGCUAAAUACUGGACACUUGGCAUAAUUUGUACAUUAUCAAAGGUGAGGGUAAUUUUGCAUAUUUUAUUGUCUUCUCAAAAUAGUUUUUUUUACAUGGAAUAAGUAUUAUACAUAUUGAAAAGGAAAGAAGCUAAAAACUGAAAGUGAAUCAUGAAUAUUAUUCAAAAUGCAUCUGCUCGGCAUUACACAAUGGUGAUUACUUUUUUAUAAUAAUGCAUCUUUUCGAAUUAAACAGGUAGAUGUUUGCCCGGAAUAAGGCAUUGGUAGAUUUAAUUCAAAGCUUAAAAUAUUCAUCUCCAUGAAGCAACAUCGGUCCGAAUUUUGACAAACAUCGCAAGAUUAUUCAAAACAUAGAAUGACAUAGUCAGACAACUACUCAACCAACUCAUUCAUUCAACUGUCACUGAGUGUGCUUACUAUGUGCAGAAAAAACAUAAUAAGCACUGUUUAUAUUGAUGUUUACCGUUGGAAGUGCCUCGCGGUUGCAAAUCGGAUUCAGUUCUAUGUGAUAAAUUACUCAUUUAAAACGUGUUCAGAUUUCAGAUAAUUUAUCAUUUUGUAGAAUGUGCAUAAAUAUUCAAUGACUAAUAUUCAACCGAAUAUUGACAGUCCAGAGCCGACUAUGAAUGUGCCUGGAAGUGAGCUGACAAGUGAAGAAAGGUGUACUUCACCAAAAAUUAUUGGUAUUUUACACUCUGGAUACAAUUCCUUUUUGAGAGCAACCACCUGUCCAGCAGAGAACAAAAAGGAUGUGAUGAUUAUAGCAAGCAAGCUUUUUCCUAGAUACCUUUCUUGGGAACAAUCGUCUGUCGCACCAAAUGACCUCCCCUUUUUCACAAUUCAAAAUCAUGUCCAAUGACCCACACGCUUGUCGCAGUUCAGCAUUCUAUCAAUUUUCCGUUAUGCUAAAUAGCACUAUGCCAAAUGACAUAGAGCUUCCAUAGUUAUUAUUCAUUGAAAUAAUUGAGAUUAUUCAAUGAAACACUUUUUGUUCGAAGAAUUAUUGUUACCAAUCAUCAAAAAUCCACUUUGCCCUUCAAAUAUGGUGACUAACUUUGAGAUGGACAGAAAAAUAGACGUUAUAAAAAACCACUUUAAAAUAUGGUUUGCUUUUCAAAUAUUGGACCUGUUUUCAAUAUAUUGCUAAAAAAUUGAAGCGUAAGAGUAUUACCUUUAACUAAAAACACGGAAUCUGAACUUGUAUGGAUAUUUCACAAAGCUAUUAUUUAUUUGAUUUUUGGCCAUUUCUUGUUUUCCAUUUUCCAUUUUUGUUUUUCAGUUUCUGUAAGGUUCUUAUGAAGAACUGUGUUGAAAUCUGCCACCCGCUGGUCUGUAUUUCUACUUUGUUAUAUAGGGGAACUGUACCGGAUUUGGCCAUGUUCCCAAAAAUAAGCCAAUUCGCAAGGGUUUUAUUAGUUCCAACAAGAGAUAUAUCCCUCACCCUUCAACGCUGCUUUCAACUGAUCGAUUAUUUUGGAAAAAUAUGUAUUUUUCAGGGUUGGCCAAAUUAGGCGCUAAGUUGGCCAAAACCGGUGCACUUCCCCUAUGUUAAAUUGAACGAUCUUUUUCGGAACCGUCAUUUUUUUUUCAGACAACCGUAUCUUGAAUUUCGUUACGCUAAUAAAAAAAAUCGGAUUUAAUUAUUCCCAUGCGUAUUAAAAUUGAGCAAAUGUUAUAUACAUCUGAAAUACGCUGACUUAUGGAGAGAGCUAGCCUUUUGUACACGCUUUUGAUCGAUCCAACUUAAUGUGGAAUUAUUUUACCUAAGGCCAUGAUAUUUGUUUCGGUCAUUUUACAUUUACGUACAAACAUAAUGCAAGUGAAGAGAAAAAACAAAAGCUUAACAAUUAAUAAAAAUUAAUUUAGCCCACAUCUCUAGUGGUUUAUUUUGGAUUCUGAGGUCAACUAUUCCCACAAUUAAAUCGGAAAUUCGUAGAACUUUUCUUUAAACUAAAAAUGUCUUUAUGGAUUUCAAAAUUCCUUAAGAGAUCUUCAGAUAGCUUAACUCUAAAAAAGAUCUAAUGAAAUCUAAUGAAACUCUUCAAUUGGAAACAAUAUGUAACAUGUGAAGGAUCUUCAAUUAGGGAAUUAGAUUUUGUGGCUUUCAUUAUAUUGCAAACCAGGAGAUAACAUUUCAGAAACGAUAUAAGUAUCCUUAUAAAAUUAAUGAAAUUGAAAAUAAAAAAACAUUUGGUAGAUUCAUUAGUUUUCGAACUUUUGUUCAUUCACUGUAAAUGCUUUUCUGGUGAUGAAAGUAGCCGCACACCUCGGGAAACUUGUCAGCCGGGUUUUGGUCCCCUUGUAUUUUAAAUGGGGUCAAGAUUCUGAUUUUCCGUGUCAAAUUCCGCCAAUCCGACCCCUUUAAAAUAACACGGGAAUAAAAUCCGUGGACAAGAUUCCCGAGAUGUAGGGUUUAGCUGCUUUUCACACCUGUGAAUAAGCCUCUGGAGGCUGGCAGCGUACAGUGGAACUAAUUAAAAAAGACGGUCAAAAAUAUAAGAAGUGAUUGAAAUGGUCUAAAAGGCCAUAUAUUGGAAUAUUUCAUUGAGUAUAUGCUUCAUCUUAUUGGCAUUACGUCCCAACAUUGGACUAUACUAGUUGGAAUGGGUUUUGUUUCGUUCAUAAACAACGUAACGCCGUAGAGGCGUAGUUGGUGACUUAAUAAUACGGAUUAUGUAAAAUAUUCGUUAAUGAUAUGUUUUUUUAUAUUUAAACAUUCAAAAGUUCAUCCGUCACUCAAGUUUGGUUUGCUUUUUAAUAAAACCUAUGAGGCUUUCCAAAUUACUACCCUCAUGUCUUUUGAAGUUUUUUCUUUUAGCUGCUUGAAGUAGAGUAUUACCUACUACACCAUAUAAGUUAGUUUCAACAAACAAAUACAACAUGAAUAUAAUCUAGAGUUUAAUAUAGCUUGUGAAAAACAUAUGGUUUUGAACGGGCCUUCGCAAAAUUUGGUAACAAUGCCAAAUGCUUUUUUUUCUCAAUAUUUUUUGCUAUUUAUCAUUAAGUUACAAAACUUUAUACCCUCCGGACUUCGGUAUUCAGAUAAGAAUCAUGUACUCAAUCGAGUUGGAAAGUUUUUUUUUAAGACGCGUAGUAAUCAAGGAGCUUCCAUGAAGAUUGAUAAAAGGCGAUUGUAAGUUGUAAAAAUAUGUAAGAUUGCAUACAUGUUUUCAUCAGCAAAAAUUAUGAUUCCUGUGAGAUAUUUCCUUUUCCCAGCAGCCUUUACUAAAAACUUUGAAUAACACGAUUGCUGCGAAUUGGCGAUGUUCACCUUGGUGUAAAACAUUGCUGAGGCAUUGGCAAACGAUUAAGUGUUUACACAGUUAGCUCGGUUCAUCGGUGUAUGGAAUAAAUUUACAAUGUUUUUUUAGAAAUAGGAAAAUAACAGUACUCAUAUUUAUGCUUUUUUAAAUUCAACCCAACAAUUCGGUUCAAGAAUAAAUUUCCAAUACCCCUUAUCUAAUUUUAUGAACAAAGGCUUGAUAAUGAUUGCGUUGGUGUGCUACCAGAUUCGACCAUUUGCCAUUUAUUUUUAUUUCCUUCUACAUAUUCCUUUUUCUGCUUGUCAUUGCAUCAAAUUGUAUGUUGUGAAUACAUCAAUGGAUAAACCAUGCAAAGGAAAUCGAGGAUGUUCCCGUAAAUCGAGCGAAUCUCAGAAAUGGCAGUCAAAAGGUUAAUUUGAGACUCCGUUUGAAAAUUUGUUAUUUGGAUCAUAAGACCAGAUCACUGACAUAUUAUCAUUGGUAAUUACUCUUCAAUUAACCUUCUCUAGCUUAACCAUCCUUUUGGUAUCCUCAUGGUUUAUUAAAGCAUGUACGAUUUCUAACGAGUUAUGAUAAACAGUAUGAUGUUAUAGCAAAAUCAAACAGUUAUUGAACAUUUAAUUUUCUUACUAAAACUACAUCUACAAGAAUUUCGCUCAGCUGGUAGUGCAAACACUAUUUCCCACAGCAUAUUACACGAAGUACUACAGGAUUAAACAAUUUGAACGUUAAAAAGUAAAAAAAUCAUUUACAACGAUCCGGAUAUGACCGACAUACAAAGAGCACAUAAAUUGUCAUCAAUCUCACUGAACUUUAAAAAUCAAAUAAGAGUGAUAUAAUUCUCUUUGCUUGCUUUAUAUUUAUCUAUUGAUCACACCAAUGCGUGAUUCUCAAAAUUUACCAAAGCAAAGUAUGUCAAAGUAUGUUUCCAUUCGCUUGAACAUUAUGCAAAAAGCAUUAUAAAGACAACUAGCUCAGCAAAUAUUUUAGCACUAGAAAAUCCCUUUUGAAAAAUUGUGUGAACUUCCUUUUUUUCAUUCUUUAAACCAGCCAUUGCUUCCAAAGCAUAUUGUAAAAAAGGUUUAAUCACAAUAAUAUUAUCGCCAGUUUAACCUAGCGUCUUCCACAAAAUCUGAGUACUGCUCUGUUUGUUUGAAAUACUUUUUCAUUUGUGCUUCAUAAUAAAUAAAUAUUACCAAAAGUCUAAUUUGUAUUCCAUAUAAUGCAAACAUUUAAAUAUUAUCCCAAAAAAGAGUAAACAUAUCAAGUCCCAGUCUGCUACCAGCAUAGUAAAGGUGCCAAACUAAUGUUUUUUUUUGUUGAGCUGUAUUACAACGUGUUCUUGUAGACCUCAAUGUUCAUUAUCUUGUUGUUUUCUUGUUUCUGUUUACUUCGCAACGGUUCCAAUCUCUCUAUGAUCAAAUUUAUAAUUAUGUGUACUUGAUGCGUACGCUCAUGCGGUUCAAAACACCGUUAAAAGUUAACUAAUAGUACAUAUUACUUCGACCUUAUGUGUAAAAAUGACCUAAAGGGCUGCCACUCAAUUAUUCAUAAGCCGAAUAAAAAAAAUCUAAAAUAUGCAAGGAAACAUUUGUGAAAUAACUACAAUUUACUCAGUCAUCCUGACAUGAAAUCAUGAGAACAUAGUUCUUCUGCUCAUAUGAAUAUAAAAGUUUGUCAAUUAAAAGUCACAAAAAAGUGCACAACUUUAUGAGCAUGGUACAGCAGGGGAAGUGAACAGGCCAAUAAAAGUGUUCCAGGUGAACUUUCGAAAAGUCACUUUGCAAUUUCUUUUCAUUUUCCCUCAGUAUUGCAAAAUAUAGAACAUAAUACAAUAAGGCUGAAAUAUCAUUAAAAUCCUAAAUGGUAUGUCUGAAGGUGGCCUGGUAUCCUUCUGUCAUCAUGAUCCACUUCCCCCGGUGUACACCACCGCAAAUCAAAUUUUGUUUCGCGAAUUUCCUCGAUGUUAUCUCAUGUGUUUUAUUUUACUCAACCUUAAUUUGUUGUAUACCGUGCCGCUCAACAACUUCGGGUCAUUUUUACAAACCAUAUAAAGCGUACACUACUAAUAGUGUCGAGUUUAAUGAUCUCUGGCGAGUUAAUAGCCUAUGUUUAAAGAAACAAUUUAGAAGUCUCAUCUCAUUAUAACUUCAUUAAUACAAACUGCCAAACAUUGACAUAUAACAAAUUGCCAGGAAAAAAGUAAAACUUCCUAUCAUUACUAUUUCACUUCCAUCAAAUUAUUCUCUCCAUAAAAAAUACUCAAAUAAUCAGCAAUUUUGUUGAGAUACAUGCAGAAAAAUAAUCAGACUAUUUUUAUAUAUAUGAAGAUUCUUAUAACGUAAUGUAGAGGAUGCGUAGUAAGAAAAUUAAUUUUCGGUGAAAAUCAUUCAUUACAACGUAUUCAUUCAGCAGGACUAUACAUAAAUACUUACCUAAAUCGUAUAUACAUAAGAAAUUUGUAACUUCGAACACAAAUCGAUCGUGGGAAAAUAUGAUGAAUUGAGCGUUACAAAACAAAAAAAAAUGCAAAAAGUAAGCAUACCAAAAUCGACUUAAGUGAUUUUAUAGCAUACAAAACAAGAAUUUUAAUAACGACCAAACUUAAUAUUAAUUAUACACAUAAAUGUUUUUAACGAUACGGAAGAUAAAGAAAAUGAGCAAAAUUGAUACUAAAACACCAAGAAGUGCUAUUAGUAAAUAAAACCCAUUAUUAUCUGUUUAUUAUAUUUCAUUGAAAUAAUGAAGACGAAUCUUCCACUUCAGAUAUAAUAAGAAAAUAUGAAAGAGUAGUGCAUAAAUCUAGAAUGAGCAUUAUAAAACGAGUUAAAAUAUGGUGAUACGAGUGUUAAACCAGAGUUAUUAUCUUUUAUUAAUAAUCUGAUGCAGAAGGAUGAGAAAUAUUAAUAAUAAAAACUAGUUACUGCCUUAAAGAAAAUAGAGAAAAUAAUUGAAGUUCAUUGAAACGUAGCCGAUGAUUAUAUAACGUAAAGAAAAAAGCAAUCGAUCGGAAGCAGAGAAAACAUGAGAUAGGAAAAUAGACUUUAUACGUUUAUUCAGCAAAAUCAAUUCGAACAGAUAAUUCUUUUCAUCCAAAACAUAACAAAUAUCUAUUCAAAAUCAUCAGAACGUAUGUCAGAACAAUUGUUUUCUGUCUGCUAUGUUCAUCUUUUUUUAUUGUCAUGAUUCACAGAAAAGCGAAACCCAUAAAACUAAUAUAAGUCUCAGUGACAUUGUAAAUACUGCCAUGUAUACAAUAAUAAAACCAAACUAUUUCUAACACAAAAUAAAAAUAACGACUACAAAUAUGAAUAAAGUAUUUUCUUACUUCAACUCGAAGUUAUUCGAAC